UUUACUGUUUGUGGCGCAGGAGAAAUUAUCACCAACAUCGAGUGCACGAAACUACCAUGAAGAAUUCAACUGAAAUACUGUUUGUUCUACAAGGACUGAAUGACACGAUGUCAAACAAACGCACAUACUUUGUUGUCACUUUUUUCGUUUAUCUUUUUACUAUUUUAGUGAACCUGACUUUGAUCGUGACUAUUAUUUUGGAGAAAACGCUCCAUGAGCCCAUGCUUAUAUUUCUCUGUAACUUGUGUGUAAAUGGGAUAUUUGGUGCCUGUACAUUUUAUCCUAAAAUAUUGGUGGACCUUUCAUCUGAAUUGAGUGUCACUCCAUAUAAAGCUUGUUUAGCUCAAAUAUUUGUAAUAUACACCAGUGUAUAUUGCGAGUUCAAUACGCUAGCAGUGAUGGCUUAUGACAGGUAUGUCGCGAUAUGCAAGCCACUGAAUUACCACUCCAUCAUCACGCCUCAGAAGGUUGUGAAACUUUUGCUUUUCACCUGGCUUUUAUCCAUCUGUGAAUCUGCUAUUGCCGUGGCCCUUGCAGCCAGACUGCCCCUGUGCGGAAACAAAAUUGAAAGGAUUUACUGCAUAGCCUGGGCUGUGGCAAAGCUGUCAUGUGUGGACACAACAAUCAACAACGUAUAUGGCUACAUUCUCAUGAUUUUUCACUUUUCACAGGUAUUGCUGAUCUUGAUUUCCUAUGUCAAUAUCAUAAAAGCCUCUGUGCGAUCGGAGGAAGAUCAGAGUAAGUUCAUGCAGACCUGUUUGCCCCAUUUAAUCGCAGUGACUAGCUUCUUGAUCACAUUUCUUUUUGACCUCCUGUACGCUCGCUACGGUCCCACCAACCGUCUGCACGAACUUCGUAAUUUCAUGUCCCUGGAGUACCUCAUUGUUCCACCGCUCCUAAAUCCCCUCAUCUAUGGCCUGAGACUGAACCAGAUCCGCCGGAGAAUCUUUAGAAUUUGCAGCCAGAAAAUACGUGCUCUAAAGUGAAUAUUGUGUCAAGUUUGCUGUCCAGGCAGGAAAUGAUAGAUUUUUUUUUUUUUAAAUAUGUGAUUGAUUGAAUGUAACAUUUGGAGCUGAUAUAUAGGUGUUUGAAUUGUUAUCAGUUCAGUUGUCUCAUUUACUACCUACAUUUUCUUUAAGAUGGAUUAAUAAGUCUUGUGAAGUGAUUUUUUUUGCAAAACCUGUAUAGCCUACUUUAAUUCUCUCGCAAACAUACAGGUAAGCCUACUGUAGGUGCUUGGCUCACAGUAGCAUACACAAGUUUAGUCUCAGUGUUCUCACAGUGAAACUGCUUCAUAGUUAAAAACCAACCCCUGUGGUGUGUCUGGUCUUCAAAACACAGAUAUAUUGCUUAUGUGCACACCUUCCAAAGGCAUGGAUAUGCAACUGAUUUC